ACGCUGGUAAUGACAAAGUCCACACUCUGGGGUUUGCCGAGGGAGGAAGAUAAGCCAGUGGCGAAUUGUGGGGACCGCCUUGACACCCUAUGGGGUCGGGGAUAGUCUUGGUGGUGAGAAGAGGUCAGCUAUGGAUGAUGUUGGUCUGGUAUAAACAUCCACUGGAUGAUCGCGAAUGUCCAGUUGUGAUCGGUGGCGAUUACAUUACGACGGACUCUGGAACCGGUCUAGUCCAUACAGCACCUGGUCAUGGACAGGAAGACUAUGCAACAGGAUUGAAGUACGGAUUACCUCUGUUAUCGCCAGUCGACGAUGAAGGACGAUUCACUGACGAAGCGGGUCAGUUUGCCGGUCAGAGUGUUUUGGCAGAGGGUAACACAGCGGUAGUCGAUGCACUGAAUAACUGCCAUGCUCUGCUCUUGGAAGAGGCCUAUGGGCACAAGUAUCCGUACGACUGGCGAACCAAGCAACCGACCAUCUUCCGAGCUACCGAGCAGUGGUUUGCGUCAGUGGAGGGUUUUCGAAGCGCGGCUCUGGAUGCAAUCUCGUCCGUCCAGUGGAUUCCACCGCAAGGCGAAAAUCGCAUCACGGCAAUGACGACGAGCCGUUCGGAUUGGUGCAUUUCACGGCAGAGGACGUGGGGCGUGCCCAUUCCUGUCUUUUAUAAUGUGGAAACGGGAGAGCCACUGAUGACAGAAGAGACGAUUGCACAUGUACAGAAAAUUGUUUCCGAACGAGGAAGUGAUGCGUGGUUCUACCUCCCAGUGGAGGACCUCCUUCCGGAGCAGUUUAAGGCCGAUGCGGCCAAGUACAGGAAAGGGACCGACACCAUGGAUGUGUGGUUUGAUUCUGGUUCAUCAUGGGCUGCCGUUGUUCAGAAAAGGGAUACUCUGGCUUGGCCUGCUGAUCUAUAUUUGGAAGGAAGCGACCAGCAUCGUGGAUGGUUUCAGUCGUCGCUUCUGACGUCAGUUGCAGCUACUGGCGUUGCACCUUACAAGAAAGUUUUGACUCACGGGUUCGUCCUGGACGAGAGAGGAUACAAGAUGAGCAAAUCGCUUGGAAAUGUGGUGGACCCCCAAUUGGUGAUUGAAGGCGGGAAGAAUCAGAAGGAGGAGCCAGCAUAUGGAGCAGAUGUGUUACGGCUGUGGGUUGCCAGUGUGGAUUACUCGGGCGACGUACUGAUUGGCGGGAAAAUUCUACGUCAGAUGUCAGAUGUGUACAGGAAACUGCGGGGAACCCUGCGCUACAUGCUUGGAAAUUUGCACGACUUCAACGUAAGGCCCACUCGAGGUGGUACCGCCACCCAACCAUACACGARGGAGGAGGAGGAGAAGAUGGCCGCCAUCCUGCAGGAGAGGAAGGAGAAGAAGGAGGCCAAGAAGAAGGCCUUGAAAGAAGAACAAGCGGCCAAAUUGAAGAAGAUGGAGGAAGAAAUGGCCAGGGAGAAGGACAGGCUGAUAAAGGAAGAAGAGGAGAAGCUGAAGGAGGUGGAUGAAGAGGAGGAGGGACCACCACUGCAAAGGAGUGGACAGCACAGCGACCGCAGCAGUGAUGAGAUGGAGAAGAAGAUUUCGGAGUGGGUCGCCAACUUAUCCCUGGGUGAGGAGGAAGAGGUUGCUAUGUACAUCCCCAAGGAUGAGCAAGAAGCCGCCAUGAAGAAAUGGGAAGCAGAAGAAGAUGUUCUGACGCGGCGGGCGAUGGAGGAUGAACAAAGGAUGGCGUGGAAGCUCGCAGUGAUGAGGGAGAAGAAGAGAAGAGUGGAGGCGGCGAAUGCGGCAAUGCAGGAACUGGAGGAGCUGAGGGCUGCCGUAACAACACAAUUGAUUCCGCAAGUGGAUCUCCAACGUAAAGUGGAGAUCAUCGCCCAGAGCGUUGAGCGGUUAGCUAAAGUGCAAAAAAGGCACUUUGAGGUUAGUCGCAGCCAGGAGAUAUCUGUACGCUCGAUGCGAACGGGCUUACGGGAUUUUGCUCGCGAACUAGUAGGCGCUGUGGGAUCCGAGAUAUUGGAUGGGAUUGGAUGGAUUGGAUGGGAUAUCGGACGGGAUAUGAGAUGGGAUAUUGGAUGGGUUUGGAUGAUGGGAUAUUGGAUGGGAUAUUGGAUGAGGUGGAUUCAGCCCGAGGAACAUGCGGUGGCGUACAAGGACCUCCCUUCAAUGGACCGGUACGCUCUCUGGCGGCUUUCGGCAGUCAUGGAUGAAGUCAAGGACAGCUAUGAUCAGUUUCAGUUCUACAGAUUUUUUCAGGUUAUCCAGCGAUUUGUCGUAACAGAGGUCUCCAAUUUCUACUUUGAUGUGUGCAAAGACCGUCUAUACGUUGGCGGUGUCGACAGCUACACCAGACGCAGUUGUCAGACUGUGCUUUCUGCCCAUCUUCUGAAUCUGGUCAGAGCCAUCGCCCCCGUACUUCCACACAUGGCUGAGGAUUCCUGGCAGUGCAUGUCCUUCCCUUUGCUGGGUAGGGAGGGAAAACCGGUAGAGACAGUUUUCGAGUCGCGUUGGCCGCCAAAGGAGCCAGUGUGGGAAACUCUCUCCGAAGACGAGAGACGGCUUUGGCCCGUCCUUUUGCAAGCGAGGGAUUCCGUGAACAAGGUCAUCGAGCAGGCGAGGAAUGCGAAACUGAUCGGGGCGUCGCUCGAAGCAAAGGUGUACUUGCACAGUCAGGAUGGUUGGCUAUCUGAACAGCUAAGGAAGAUGACGUCCACAGAAAUCAACGGUGGAGAAAAUCCGGUCGACAAGCUGCAAUAUAUUUUCCUUACAUCACAGGCUGAAGUAGUGACGUCAGCGGCAAGUUUUGCUAAACUAGGGCUAGAAUUUACGGGGGCGUCGUCUUUGGAGGGCGUUGAGGGCGAGCUACUGGUUGGAGUCGCUAGAGCCGACGGGAAGAAAUGCGAUCGCUGUUGGAAUUUCUCUCCUCUUGUCGGAAGCGAGCCGGACCAUCCCGCUGCGUGUGAGCGCUGCGUACCAGUGCUUCGAACGCUGAGACAUAAACAGGGCAUGGAAGUCGCGGCAGUCUAAGUAGGGCGUACUCACCACACUUGGACGUUCAUUCAACAACGUAUCUGGCUGGGAAAUACGGCCAGAUUCGCUUGUUGAAAAAAAAUCCUAUUGUCACUGCGGGCCAUCCGAAGAAGAACCUAAAGAAAAGAAAAAAAAAAAAGAAAAAAAGGAAAAACCGAAAAGUUGGAAAGUAGGGCAAACCUGAAUUUUGAAUGUUGAGGUGAGAAGCGGAGAUCACAAAAAAAAAAAGAAACAAAAGUGUGAAGUCAUG